AUGCCCUUACAAUUUGUAUCUAUUAUAAAUCCAAACAAUAAACCAUUAGCCAUUGAAAAUAUAAGCAGCUUAACCACCGAUAAUAAAGAUCCUACAGAAAUUGCGCAAAAUAAUGAUUUAAAGUAUAACACCUUUGCAAAUAUGGCUUUGGACUAUUUUGAUUCAAUGCUAUUUGACCCACUUUUACAAGCAUCACCAUCUGGGAACAACAUUAUGGAUAGCAACACAUCGAUAAUACACCAUAAUGGAAGUUACAUAAUCAGACUUUUCGAAUUGGAAAAUUGCACAGUAUAUGCCAGAUUGAUCAAACAAAUAGGAUUAAAAUUUGUUCUCGGCACUUCUACUAAAACUCCAAGUGAGAAAGUAAUUGAAUAUUUUGACAAAUUAAUCAAUAUUUAUACAAGAGUAAAAUCCAGUCCAUUUAUUGUGAAUGAUGAUGAUUUUAUAGAUAAAUUAGGUAAUAGGAUUAAACGAGACUUUACAUAA